CAUACUGAAAGACUUGACGACUGGCUGGUGCGAUGGCAGCCCCUGACCUGCAUUUGGCGGAGGAGGAGGAGGCCAUACUGAAGGAGCUGCAGCAGAUGCUGCGGCUCAACUUGAGUAACAUCGAGAGAACCAGCUCGCAGCCAGCCCAGAUCAUGCCCCAUUUGUUCCUCGGAGACCGUGACCAUGCAGUGAACAUCAAGGUCUUGCAGAGCCUUGGCAUCACCCAUGUGCUGAACUGUGCCGGUGCCACUGUGCGUACUGGGCAGGAUUUCUAUAGGCCCUUCGGUAUUGGGUAUACCGAGUUUGUGGCCCAAGAUGAGCAGGGCUACAACAUUAUGCAACAUUAUGAUCUCCUGGCUGGCUUGGCAAAUUCCGUGGCCGCCGAGAAGGGCCGUUUGUUUGUGCACUGCGAAGCCGGCGUGAAUCGGUCUGGCUCCCUGUGCGUUGCUUAUCACGCGGCCGGCUCUGGGAACUUGCUGGAGAGUGCGCGCCAUUGCAAGGCUCAGCGGGGUCGCAUUUGCACCAACCCCGCUUUCCAGCUCCAGGUCUUCAACUUUGCCCGGCAGCAGAAGCUUCUCCGGCCCUAGAGGGUUUCAUCGGCUUCUGUAUAA